GAGAGCUGGUGCCUACUGUAUGGAUUAGUGAUGCAUGAUUCCAUCAGAGACAGGACAAACGCGAAAGCCAUCCGGUUGUGAAUCGGACAUAAUCUGACCGCUCAUCGGAAGGCGUUUGACUAUUCACAAAGAUAUCUGACGGCCAGCGCUAAACAUCCUCGACCGCCCCGCGAUCGAGCAUCAAUAUGGAAAGAGAACUGGUCCCGCCAGUAAAGCAGCCAGUGGAGAUCGAGCGGCCGGCUCCUUCACACUACACGUGGCAAGCUUUCCAACCCGACUUCUAACGUGAUUCCGCCCUCCCACCGACCUAGUCGCCCAUGCAUUAAGCCGGGUGUGUGCAUUCUUGGCACGUUUCUGGCCGACACUGUGUCGUGAUCGCGUCGCUGUUGUCGCUGGGUGGGCCGAGCGAGCGCCACUAAGUCGACUCAUGGUCGUUGCUCGUAGGCGACAAUCCUGAGCACAGGGAUCGACGACAUUCGCAGGAAAUGGUUGGUCUUGGAGUUCGGUGUCCGUCAACACGCCCAAGCUACCUUCGUUCAAUCAUCCCCAACCCUUCGGUCGAACGGCUUAGGUUUAUUAAUCAUUUGCCGCAACUUCCCGUCACACCCUCGACUGCAGCGAUCCCGCAUCCUGCCGCGGAUGUCGAGUCACGAUGGCGACGCCCGGCCGCAUGUGACAUGCCGAGUGCGCGCUGCACGUGUACCCAACCAAGACCGUUCGUUCUUGGACUUUGUGCCCUCGCUGGGAUCUGGAGGAGCACGGGUCGAUGGCGUGGCGGUAGUAGAGGCAGCGGCAGACGGAGUAGCGCUCGACGACUUGGAUGCACAUGCUGUGGUGGCAGGCGUUUGGAAAGAAGCUGGGGAUCGAAUAGCAAAUGCCGCUUAAACGCUAACGAACAGGAGGGAAGGAAUGACUCAGGACCGGCGAACAAGAGUCAGACGGACGUAUGUGAUUUCAAGCAAAGCGAAGAGAAAAGAAUCGGGAGUCGGGGGAGGAGGGAAGCGAGUGAACGGUGUCAGACUAGAGCCUUUAUACAUCACUCUUCGCGGCCAAACAAUGACAGACGUCAGCGCGUGCAUAUAAUAGAUACUGUCCAAAAGAGAGAAUCGUUGCGCCAGCAGAGAAAGGGCUGUGCCUGUCUGGCCGCCGCAACCUUAAACCCAGCCCGUCGGUGCUGCCUGCGCAUGCAUACCAUGCUAGAGUCCGGCAUCUAAUCGACUGACCACGAACAAGGUUGCCUAGACCGCUGCGCAAAGCGUCGACCAAACGGAGACUACGUAUGUAAAAGGACAGAGUGCGCGGCGCGUGACUCAACCCGGCAACAUAUCUGCCCCGUCGAGCUGGGCCCUGAAUGAUAUCACCACCGGCGGCUCCGACCACGGAAGCGCAAUCUAAAACGCACGCUGCGCAGCCGCGCAGCAAGGGGCAGACAUAUUCGGAGACACC